GUCACGGCAGAAAAACAUGGCGGCGACCAGAAAGUCUACCGUGGUGCUGAAGGCUGUGAAGAAAAUAGCCGUCCAGUUUUGUCCUUUCGAGUCCAAUGUUCGGUCCACACGGGAGUUCCUGGCCCUGGUGGGCUCAGAGAAAGUCCGAGCAACCAACCUUAACUGUGAGGUCACUUCUGUUGCAAAACAUGACAAGUCUGAACCAGUGGUGGAUAUCACAUAUGUGGAUGGAGAGAAGUUGGUGAUGAAAGGAGCCAAACUGACCAGCCAGGAGAUGUUCAGUGCUUUUCAGUCUCGCUGCAUUGCCAAGGAUCCACAGGGAAAAGUCUCAGGCAAAAAAUGAUAUUUAUUUUCUGUGUUGAGAAGUAUGUACUGUACAGCCUAUUUAUGUGUAGAUAUUGGUAAUGUUUAUAAUAAAUGAUCUAAAAUUC